AUAGAAAUGCAUUUGUCAAGUCGUACCAACACACUUUUGCAGACUAGACUUGGUUUGUACUUCACACACAAUCUAGUAAUCUAGUAAUGUGCUGAUCACUAGGGAAUAUUUUUUUUUCAGUUAAACCCAAACCCCCAAUUAGAAAAGUGGAAUGUCCAAUGUGUGGAACAUUUGGAACAUGUAGUUAGACCUGUCCUGUGGCUCUCCUGUUACUCUCCUGUGCAUUAUCAAGUGAACCGGCAUCAACCAUAUCUAUAUCAGACUUCCUUUCACAAUGCUUCUCACGCAAGUCGGUACCAGGGGCUGUAUAAGAGCUGUGAGCACAGCACUCAGGCAUUCCCCCAGAGUGGUCAGUCGAGAUUGCAGGAUUACUGUAGCCUGUUCCGGAAAACACACAAUGGCUGCCAAGACUGUCUUGAUAGUUUAUGCACAUCAGAGCCCCACUUCGUUCAACUCCGCUGCUCAUAAAGUCGCUGAAGAAGCACUAAAGGAGCAGGGCUGCAAAGUCCUUGUCUCAGACCUGUAUGCCAUGGACUUCCAGGCCUCUGCAACCAGAAAGGAUAUCUCAGGUGAUCUGAAGGAACCAGAGAACUUCAAGUAUGGAGACGAAGCGAUGGCUGCUUGGCAGGAGGGUCGACUCUCUAAAGACAUUACAGAAGAGCAACACAAGGUGGAAGAGGCAGAGUUGAUCAUCUUUCAGUUUCCUCUCUAUUGGUUCAGUGUCCCUGCCAUCAUGAAAGGUUGGAUGGACAGAGUUUUGUCACAAGGAUUUGCCUUUUCACUCCAAUACAUGUACGACAAUGGCAUUUUUAAGGACAAGAAGGCUGUGUUGUCUAUUACCACCGGGGCCAUGGAAUCUAUGUUUUUCUCUGAUGGCAUCAGUGGGGACAUAAAUGUAACACUGUGGCCAUUGCAGAAUGGAGUCCUUCACUUCUGUGGAUUUCAAGUUCUUCAACCGCAGAUCUUCUGGAGCAUUGCACAUACACCCCCCAACAUAAGGACAGUCUUGUUGGAUGCUUGGAGAGCAAGACUGAAGGGGAUAUGGGAAGAGAAACCGCUGUCCUUCGCAUCCUGUGCACUCUUCGAUCUUAGCUUUCAAGGAGGGUUUCGCCUGACCUCUGAGGCUAAGGAAAAACUUAACGUUGCUCCUUAUGGCAUCACAACAGGGCAACACAUGGGCAAACCACUUCCUCCUAAUAACCAGACCAAAUCAGAGAAUGAGGCUGCAAAAAAAAUAUCCGAUAUUCUGACAUAAUAUGACAAUUAGACAGGGCAUAUUUGUAAGCCUAAAUAAUAACAUGAAUACAACAAACUA